UGCGCUGUAAACAGUAGCUAGCUGACGUUAGCCUGUGGACAUGUCCGGGCUUCCUUUGCGUUGAUGUAAGAUAUUCUUAAGGAUAUUGAGUAGAGUUUCAAAGUUGUUUUCUUCACACAAUGGAAACAGAAAUCCGACCGAACAAACGAAGCUACACAGAUGAAAAGUCUGCGUCGGAGGAUUCCGACAAUGAGGACUAUGUGCCUUACGUCCCCGUUAAGAUCAGGAAGCAGCAAAUGUUGCAGAAGAUGAUGCGUCUGCGAGGGAAGGGCUUGGCGGAGGAGGACCAGCAGGACGGUGGCGGGGAGCAGAGGGAGGAGGACGAGGGCCUCGGGCCCCGGUCCAACGUCAGCCUGCUGGACCAGCACCAGCACCUCAAGGAGAAAGCAGAGGCACGAAAGGAGUCAGCCAAGGAGAAGCAGCUGAAGGAGGAGGAGAAGAUCCUGGAGAGUGUGGCUGAAGGCCGAGCCUUAAUGUCUGUCAAGGAGAUGGCUAAAGGCAUAACCUAUGAAGACUCUAUUAAGACCAGUUGGAGGGCUCCCCGCUACAUAUUGAACAUGCCAUCAGCAAGACAUGACCGUGUGCGGAAGAAGUACCACAUCCUGGUGGAGGGCGAUCGUAUCCCCCCACCCAUCAAGAGGUUCAGGGAGAUGAAGUUCCCUCAGGCUAUCCUGAAAGGCCUAAAGAAGAAGGGAAUUGUGCACCCAACACCCAUUCAGAUCCAGGGAAUCCCGACCAUUUUGUCUGGCAGAGACAUGAUUGGCAUUGCGUUCACGGGCUCUGGGAAGACUCUGGUGUUCACUCUGCCCAUCAUCAUGUUCUGUCUGGAGCAGGAGAAACGACUGCCUUUCUGCAAGCGAGAGGGGCCCUAUGGGCUCAUCAUCUGCCCUUCUAGGGAGCUGGCGAGGCAGACCCACGGCAUCAUCGAGUACUACUGCAAGUUGCUGGAAGACGAGGGCGCGCCUCAGCUGCGCACUGCCCUGUGCAUCGGUGGCAUGUCUGUCAAAGAGCAAAUGGAAGUGGUCAAGCACGGGGUGCACAUGAUGGUGGCAACCCCCGGUCGGCUCAUGGACCUGCUGAACAAGAAGAUGGUGAGUCUGGAUAUCUGCCGCUACCUGGCCCUGGACGAGGCUGACCGGAUGAUCGACAUGGGCUUUGAGGAGGACAUCAGGACCAUCUUCUCUUACUUUAAGGGCCAGAGACAGACAUUGCUCUUCAGUGCCACCAUGCCGAAGAAGAUCCAGAACUUUGCCAAGAGCGCCCUGGUCAAGCCAAUCACCAUCAACGUGGGCCGAGCUGGAGCAGCCAGCUUGGAUGUCAUUCAGGAAGUGGAGUAUGUCAAAGAGGAAGCCAAAAUGGUGUACCUUCUGGAAUGUUUACAGAAGACCUCGCCUCCGGUAUUAAUAUUUGCUGAGAAGAAAGCAGAUGUGGAUGCCAUACAUGAGUAUCUGCUGCUGAAGGGCGUGGAGGCAGUGGCUAUCCACGGAGGCAAAGACCAAGAGGAGAGAACAAAAGCCAUCGAGGCGUUCAAGGAGGGCAAAAAGGACGUUCUGGUAGCCACUGAUGUGGCUUCCAAAGGUUUGGAUUUCCCCGCCAUCCAGCAUGUUGUCAACUAUGACAUGCCUGAAGAGAUCGAAAACUACGUCCACAGAAUCGGUAGGACGGGUCGGUCAGGCAAGACUGGGAUAGCCACGACUUUCAUCAAUAAGGGCUGUGAGGAGUCUGUGCUGAUGGACCUGAAGGCCUUACUGAUCGAAGCCAAGCAGAAGGUUCCACCUGUGCUCCAGGUUCUGCAGACAGGCGAUGAAGCCAUGCUGGACAUCGGAGGUGAGAGAGGCUGCGCGUUCUGUGGAGGUUUGGGUCAUCGCAUCACUGACUGUCCCAAGCUGGAGGCCAUGCAGACCAAGCAGGUCACCAACAUCAGCCGGCGAGACUGCCUGGCCAACAGCUCCAUGGACUUCUGAGGCUUCCGGGUCGCUGCAGCCGGGGCUGCGACGUGCUCUGUGUCGUCGUGUGACGUUUGGGGAGUGAUGGGAAAUCUAAAACGCUGGAUGGACCUACAGCCAAGAUAUUCCCAAAUGUGGACUUCUACUGAAUGGAACGGAUCAUGCUUAGAAAUGCUUGCUUUUGUUCUGUGUGCCAUUCAGAGCAUGGGUCUGGGGAUUUUUUUUGCGGUAUUAAAAAUAUACAGAUUGAUGUAUUACAAUGAUCUCUAAAAACAUUAAAACAAUUUUAGGUA